AUGUUGCCAUAUAUUCGACGCCUGAGGGUUAGAGGAACAGAAAGCACACGACGCGUAGCAAAAUAUAGUCACCGUAAAACUAAUUAUUCAGCUAUUCUACAGACAGGAUGCUGUGUGGAUUGCUAGUCGCGCUUUUGGUGCUGUACGUAAUUUGGGAUGUCAACUACUUUAUCCGUUGUGUCGUUACCCUUGGAUAUGGGAUGCUGUUUCAACGAAAACGCAAAGUAACCGAUCAGACUACAAUCUACGGGCUCUGUACUACACAAGACGUGGAUAUUUUCAUACGGCACAUGAACAAUGCUCGUUACAUUCGAGAGUUGGACUUCGCACGGUUUCAUUUCUACGGACUAACCGGUAUCUACGGUAAAAUUAAGGCGAAAGGGGGUGGCGCCGUACAGGGUGCUUCCAGUGUACGCUACCGACGAACGAUUCCGAUUUUCAAUGCAUAUAAGAUCACAACCCGCCUCGUCUGGUGGGACGAUAAGGCAAUUUAUCUGGAGCAACAGUUUGUUACACUAACCGACGGUUUCGUGCGUGCUGUUGCAAUGUCCAAGCAAUGCGUUACCAAAGUAAAUGUGCAGGAACUGAUGAAGGGAUUUCCAGGAGUUGAAAAACCGCCGAUGCCAACCGAACUGAAACAGUGGCUGGAUUCGAUUGAAACUUCCAGUCAGAAACUAAGGAAGGAUUAGUUUUCGGACAAAUAAGCUAUUGUUUUACAUCUUUAUAUUAUUGUGUAAUGAUUGAUCUAUCUCUAUUAAUUCGAAUUAAUGUUUGUAGGUUACAAGAAUAAAACUUUGUUCUAAAGGGGUAUAAUUGUAGAAGUGUUUGAAUAUAUACUGCAUGCCCGUAAAGCGGUAUAAAAGAUUUAUUUACGCAAAAAAUUUAAAAAUUUAAAUUGACUAUAAUUUUAUAGUACACAUUGGCAAUAAUAAUUCAUUUAAUGGUAAAAUUUAUAUUCUGUUCCGAAAACAAUUUUGCGCAGUGAUUAU